AUUUGAACCAUUUGGACUGGCGCUGGGCUUGAUUUUCCGCGCGUUUGCAUAUUGUAUGUGCCUUUUCUGUACCUAAUUAGGCUCAUUGAUCCUUCAACUGAUCCAUACAGCUCUCCAGACAUCAAGUAAAUACUUCGUUACACAAAUUAGGCGAUGGAGCCUGUUUAUAAGCGAUUGAAUGCAGAAAUAGAAAAAGCACAAGGUAUCCAAAAAGAAAUACAGAAGAUUUUCCAGCUCCAUCGUCAGUUAUCUGCCCAACUUUCUGAAAAUGAAAAUGUUAUUGAAGACUUUGGAUUAUUAAAUGAAUCCAAUGCUAUAUACAAACUUGUUGGUCCAGUUUUAGUCAAACAGGACUUAUCUGAAGCUAAAGAAACAGUCAGUAAAAGGAUAAGCUACAUAACAUCUGAAAUAAAACGUCACGAUGACAGGAUAAAAGAACUGGAAAAACAGCAGGAGAAUUGCCGAGAACAGAUAAGCAAAUUACAACAAAAACUUCAACAAGAACACACAAAAGCGGCACUAAAGGCUUAGUACAACAGAAGACACAAAGUUAUGUGAAUGAUAAAACUCUAGAAUUUUCGCUACUUUUUCUGCUCAAAAAGAGUAUAAUCUGCAUUCAGUCUAGAAAACCGUCAUAAGUCUGCUAGUGUCAUCCUCAUUUUUUGUAUUUGUAGCGGAAAAAAACACUCGGGAAUCUGGUUUUUUGAUUACUACAAAAUUUCGAUGGAAAAA